GAAGAACCCGCGGAAAAGGAUUUUCCCCCGGUACAGCGUUGAGGAAUAGCGCGUAUGGAGAAAGUGAGAUUAUCCACGGCCACGGGUGACAAAGCGCCAACACUUUUACACUGAGGAAAAGUUGUAGUUCCCAGCAGAUUCAGGAAUGUUUCUGUCAGAGUCUGAAGAUGAGUUGGAGCACCUUCAGUCGGACUCGUUAGACUCGGAGAGCAGCACUUGCAGUCUGGAGGAGGAGGAGGAGGAGGAGGGAAACUACAUUCCGACAGGUUUGCCCCGAGGAUCACAUCACAGAGACUUCACUGAUGUGGAGAGUUCAGAGAAGGAGGUGGAAAAGACACCAUUGUUAAGAAGAGCAACCAGAAAGCGUUGUUGCUCUUUGUCCAUUUCUCCUGUGUCAUCAUCCCUGAAAUCUCUACCUAAGAAAUGUGAACAGCGUCCACACAGAAAAAAGCUCCAUUAUGCAGCUACACCCCAAAAAAACUCCUGCCCUCAUCCUGGGAGGACAGUUUCCACACCACGUAGGAAGAGUGGAAAGAAAAAGGGGCAAGCAGGAACACAGCUUGGAGCAGAGGAAGAUGAGGAUGAUGGAGGGCGGUGGCACAACAUAGAUGAGGACGAUAUUGUGCCUCCUCAGCCACGGUUCAGACCUGAGAGAGAAGUAGGUCCACAGCUCAACAGGACUGCAAAUUACACACCACUUGAACUGUUCCAGCUUUUCUUUUCCACAACAGUUGUUAAUACAUUGGUGAGAAACACCAAUGCUUAUGGGGAAAAGAAAUAUCAGAGCCAGAGGGAAAGCUGGGUCCAUGUCACAACAGCAGAUAUGUACUCCUUCAUCAGCCUUGUUCUCUAUAUGGGUCUUGUGCCACUCAAAACCCUUAAAGAGUUCUGGAGAGGAUCUAAGCUGUUCAGCCUGCCAUUUCCCGCCUCUGUCAUGCCUUGCAGACGCUUCCUAGCCAUUUCCCGCAGUCUGCACAUGAAUGACCCUGCAGCUGAAGCAACAAAUGACCAGAAGAAGGGGACAGCAGGGUAUGAUAGACUUUGCAAAAUAAAGCCACUGUAUCAGCACAUUUUGGAGGCAUGCCACACUUUUUUUCAUCCUCACCAGCAUAUCUCUAUAGAUGAACGGAUGGUGGCAAGUAAAGCAAAGAUAGGACUCAAACAGUACAUUAAAAACAAACCCACUAAAUGGGGCUUCAAGUUGUUUGUGUUAGCUGACUCAACAUGUGGUUACACUCUUAACUUUUUUGUGUAUGGUGGGAGAGACAGUGAGCCUACAGGAAAAGGGAUAGGAUACGAUGCUGUCAUGAGACUGCUAAACAUUCCCUUUUUAGGAAAAGGAUACAAGCUCUAUGUGGACAACUUUUACACCAGUCCAGCUCUAUUCCGUGACCUUCUUGAGAGAAAAAUCUGGGCAUGUGGAACUGUCCGUUCCACUGUAGCUGGUUAUCCCAAAAGCAAAAGAAAUGACAUGACCAAGAACACAUCAAGGGGAGCUAUCCGGUGGAUCAGAAAUGGGAAGCUGUUGUUUGUCAAGUGGUUAGAUGCACGAGAGGUUUCGAUGUGCUCCACUUUACACAAAGCAUACAGCAAUGACAUGGUGCAGCGCAAAGUGAAAAACAAAGAUGGACAGUGGACAGUGAAGCAGGUAACUAUCCCAGGCUGCAUCAAAGAUUACAAUCGUCACAUGGGUGGCGUCGACUUGUCAGAUGCACUUAUUAGAUACUACAAUGUUCUCCAUAAAACCCAGAAAUGGUACAAAACCCUGUUUUAUCACUUUGUGGACAUAGCCACUGUAAAUGCAUUCAUCCUACACAAAGAAAUGUGCAAAUUGCACAACAUGCCAAUGAUAACACAGAAAAACUUUAGAGAACAACUGAUUUUGUCCCUGGCUGAGAUUGGCUCUACUCCACGCCGGUCUGCUCCACAAAACUUUAUGUUGCCCACCUCUCCUUUUAAAGUACCCUCUUCAGUGGCAUCAGCCUCUGCAUCCAAUGUUCCGCCCACUUUAUCCCGGUCCUGCUGCCGUGUGCCUUUGACUGCUGUGUCUAAAGAAACACCUGGCUCCUUUUCCAAAGUGCCACCUCCUCCUCUGUCCAAUGAGGAGCCCUCUUCUACAGCUUCUGAUGUUCCAGGUUUAGGUCACCUGCCAGCUUAUUUUGUAGAACAAAUGAGUAAUGUGGCCCCUAGGAAGCGGGCUACUGCUGGCAGAAGGUCAUGUGUGGUCUGCAAAAGAAAAUCACCUGUCUACUGCCGUACUUGUCAAAAAACACUUUGUUUUACAACUUCAAGGAACUGCUAUAGUGAGUGGCACAGAAGCAACAGGAUCUGUAUCUAGUCUGUGUGAAGGACCUUUAACGGUUACCUGUUUUGCUUUGUAAACACCUGCGUUUGGUCACAAAUGUCAGAUGUCUUGGUUUGAUGAUGAUGAUUCAAAGUUAGGGCUUUUUUAUUA